AUGAAGAGACAACAAUACGCCUGCGAUCAAUGCAGAAAGUCCAAGCGUGGCUGCGAUGCCCCGCCUCUAGAGUAUCCAGAAGACAUGGAUCCUAUACGUGAUGGCAAGUUGAUCGUUGGAGAGAAGCCACCGCUCGUUCAAUCAUCGCCCUGUUCGUAUUGUAUCAAGACACACAAAAGUUGCACCAUGAAUUGGGCAUGGACUCAACUUCAGGUUUCAUAUGCUUUGGCCGCUGCCGCAGAAGGAGAGUCAAGCAUCGAGUGCAUAAUCCCUUCGAGACGGAAGUCUUCACAAACCAGUCGUUCUCCAACAACAUCUGUGGGCGCCGAUGAUACGAGUGUGGGCGCUGAGUCAACUGCGGCAUCACACGUUUCUCAAUCACUUCCAUCAACUUUCAAUUUCUCGGAUAUGGACAAUGGGGCACAUAAUUCCGACAUGCCCUCGUUUCUCAAUAAUCCGCUAGACUCAUUACCCUUUGACUUUGGUGACGCGGGCAACAAUCCAUUGGACGCCAACUUCUACGAGAUCGGCAUCACUGACCUCAAUAUACCAUCGGAGAGCUUAUCAGAGUCAUUCGACAUCUUCAAAGAAACAGCAGAUACUGCCGUGCCCGAUAAUUACAGUGUCUACCCCCUCAUGGACCUCCCCGAGAUCAAUAUCAGUGAACCUGAACGGUCCUUCUUUUCACCAUACAAUCCCAGCAGUACCACAGAUUACAACGACAGACACACACGAACAAAGCGUCGACGAGUAUCCCAAGCUGGAAGCGAUACCCAAUACAGUUCACACAGCUCUCUAUCAUCCUUCUCGCUCGACCAGUCCAUGAUGGCCCGGUCCAACCAAAGCAUCAUCUCAUCCAAUCUUCUACAUAUCUACCACGACGUUCUGGAACACAAUCUAACAUGCUGGCUCAACGAAAUCACAUGCCCAUUUGGACGAUCAAAGGACCUUAACAGGCACAGCCCUUCAGCGGAAUGGGGUUCUUCGUGGUCAAACAGAGUGCUUCGUCGAACACUAAGCGUCGAUCGUGGAGCUCAGUCUGCUCAACUCAUCCACAUUUCGAAAGAUCGUCAGGCUGCAGUUUCUAAAGCGUAUCACUUAGCCAUCAUGGCCUUCGCCACGCAGUGGGCUCAAGAGUCGCGACGUCAGAAAGAACGAUACCCUUCUCCAGCAGACACUGACGAGAAUCCGCUAAAUGAGUAUAUGGAUGAUGUCAACGAAGAGUUCGGUCGUCACCUUCAGCGAAAUCUUUGGGAUCAAGCUCGUAGAACCCUUGACGACGUUGCCGACGUUGAAUCGUUCCGAGUUGUUUCUGCAGAGAUGAUCUUUGGACUCACCCAGAAGCCACUCUCACACGACGACAAGGCAAACGACUGGACCACAUCUGUGCCGUUGGGUGGGAGCUUCGACGCAGACGCGCUAUCCGAGGAAAUCGCCGACAUCAUCGAGAACAACGGUCCGCCAAUCUACAUGGAACGCGCCGCUCGAAAAAUGCACGUUCUAAAAUACCGCUACGACGCCGAACGACGAGGCAUAGUCAAGACGCGCAAGAACAAAAGGCCAGUCACCUUAUCCAUGAUGAGCACCGAAGACCAAAGCACAAUCAGUCUUCUUUACUGGCUGUCAGUCAUGUUCGACACGGUCAGUUCAUCAAUGGCCGAACGACCGGUAGUCGUAGUAGACGCCAACAGCCAGCAUGACGACGCGACAGGCGACAAGGAUUGGAAUGUGCCGCUGUUCAUUCAGGAUAGUUUGGAGAAGCCUAAAUUGGUUGUACAUUGGCCAUGUUCCUACGACGAGGCUGCCGAGGCCGUCGCAAGAUCUGCUCCUGUCAAGGUUUUGAUGUUUAGACAUGUUCAUUACCUCCAGACUGUUUUGCGACAAGGCGAGAGUCCUGAAAAGGUGGAGGAAAUUAUCGAGCGGUCUGUGAGAGUGUAUCGGUAUUGGAACAUGACUCAAGAGCUCCUCGAAAAUUACGACUCGAUCCCAAGCCGCAUCCAAAGCUGGUUCAUCUGCAUCUCCGCGCCCAUGCAUCUAGGCGUCCUCCUCCUUGCCGAUCUAGUAUCCCAGGUCGACACCAAUUCUCUUGGUCUUCCCGCGCAAACUCAAAGCCGCACAAACAGUAAAUGGAUCAUGCGCGUCCGCGAGCGCAGUGCCAAAGAAUUAUCUGACCUCGCACGAGUGACGACACCAAGCACACCACUACCUUCAGAGUUCCACCACGCGCUCAAUGAGAGUAUGAUCCUAACUGAACCGUGGACCGUGAUCUUGGAACGCGCGUUCUCAAAAGCGGCGAUUUAUUGGAUGGGCGAGGCGAAUGAUUUGAGGAUGUUUGAGGCCAAGGGCGAAGUGAGCGAGAGGUUGUCGCAGGCAGAGGAGUGUAUUAGGGCGUUGUGGAUAUUGGGCAAAAAGUCGGACAGUGCAAGAAGAUGUGCAGAGGUAUUAUCUGGGGCGAAGAGGAAGAUUAUGGUAUAA